AUGGAUCUACAGACAGAGGCAGAGGGAUUUCAGUCUGCCAAAUACACAUUCAACCAUCGUUCUACACCUGCUGAGAGUGUAAUUAAACCUUCAUUUGCCAAGGUGGAAGCUCCCGCUUGGAACACUGCUGAAUUGUUGGAUCUGAUCAGUAUAUGGAGAGAGGAGUCUGUUCAGUCGCAGCUGCAAGUGACCCAUAGGAAUCGGGACACAAAUGGGCAAAUUUCUCGAGGCUUGUGCAAAAAGGACUAUGAUCGGGACACACAGCAGUGCAGAGCGAAGAUAAAAGAGCUGAGGUGGGCAUACCAUAAGGCGCAAGAUGAAAACCAUCACUCCAGCGGUGCACCUAAGACCUGCCGCUUCUAUAAGGAGCUGAAUGCUAUCCUUGAUGGUGACCCCACCUCCACCACCAAUAACCCCCUGGAUACUUUGGAGGCAGCAGAAAGAGGGGGUCACCUGGAGGCUGAAAUUCUGGUUGAAGAAGUUGAGCUAGAAGAGGAUGUGGAGCUCCCAGCAGGGUCGCCUGGUGGGGCAGGCAGACAGGAACUUUUCUCCACUCCAGAAGUGCUCAACAGGAGCAGGAAGCAGAUGAGAUGCUGGACCUUGAGGAACAAACCACGCACCCCUACUGACCGGCUUUGGCAGAUAAGGAAGAACCCUCGGCGCAGCAAAGAAGACAUGUUCCAGGAGGUGCUGCAGCGCGAAGAGAGACAGACCAGGGAACGCAAAGAGUGCUGGGAAGCCGAAAGACCGGACAGAAAAGAUAAUGCUGCAUUUGCUAGGCAAGCAACAGAGCGGAUGAUAAGUUAUGGAGGAUCAGACAGAGAUGCUCAAGUCUUUGAUAUAACUGCAGACUGAGCAGAUCCAUGGGCGACCUCCCCUGCAGCACAUGAACAUGCACAAUUCUUUGCCAACCCCAGCCCCUUUAUGCCAACACAUUCCUUUUUAUUUCACAGCACUCCUGAGUUUCCUCUUCA